CAUCUCUUUCUCUCUGACGAGUGUUACUCUAGUCACCUUUGGUGAAUAGUGGCAAGUAAUAUUUAUUCUUUUCAAGUCUAGCCAAAGAUGCUUAGGAUUCGAGACAACAUGGCCAGGAUGAUAAAAGAGGAUCGGACCUGCAAACCUGGUAAGCAAGUACUUGUUCACUCCCACCAUUGAUUGGAUUUUGAGCUUCUUGUUUAAAGCUGUAAAAGGCAACAGAACAUAAAAAUGGAGUUGGAGUUUGGAGUUUGGUUCUUCCCUACAUUUUUAGGUGGGCUUGUUGCUGUGUGUUUGAUAUUAAAGAGAGCUAAUGAGUGGUAUCAUGUAAGCAUGCUGGGCCGGAAGCAGUACUAUUCUCUGCCUCCCGGUGACAUGGGUUGGCCCCUAAUCGGGAAUAUGUUGUCUUUCCUCAUUACUUUCAAAUUUGGUUACCCUGACUCUUUCAUUUCCAACUUUGUCACCAGAUUUGGCAGGACAGGGAUAUACAAGGCCUAUUUGUUUGGGAGCCCAACCAUCAUUGUCACAGCACCUGAAACAUGCAGACCUGCCUUGAUGGAUGAUACACAGUUUAAGCCAGGCUGGCCUAAGUCAACUUUUGAAUUGAUGGGGAGGAAAUCCUUCUUAGGCCUUUCUGCAGAAGAACACAAGCGUCUCCGCCGCCUCACAGCAGCUCCGAUCAGCGGCAAGAAGGCGCUGUCUACUUACCACGAAUUCAUGAAAGAUGUUAUAGUAAGUUCCUUGGAUGAGUUGGCAGAGGCAGAGAGACCAGUUGAGUUCUUUACUGAGGUAAGGAAGAUCACCUUUAAAAUAAUUGUACACAUUUUUUUGGGCGGUGAGAGUGGUCCAAUUAUUGAUUCAAUGAAGGAAGAGUAUACUAAACUCAAUUGUGGUCUAAGAGCCAUGGCCAUCAAUCUUCCCGGAUUUGCUUAUCAUAAGGCACUUAAGGCUCGAAAAAAAUUGGUCAAGAUUCUUCAAGAUGUUAUAGACAGGAGAAGGGUGAAGAAGGAGAAAAUUCUGUUACAAGAAAAGAAAGAUAUGAUGGAUUUGCUUUUGGAUGUUGAGGACGAUGAUGGUCGAAAGUUGGACGAUGAGGAGAUCGCAGAUGUAAUCCUCAUGUACUUAAAUGCUGGCCAUGAAUCUACAGCUCAUGCUACUUUGUGGGCAAUCCUCUUCUUAUAUGAACAUCCAGAAUAUCUACAGAAAGCCAAGGCGGAGCAAGAGGAAAUUCUGCGAAGAAGAUCUCCGACGGAGGAAGGAUUGAGCUUUAAAGAAAUUAAACAAAUGGAAUAUCUUUCGAAGGUAAUUGACGAAACACUAAGGGUUGUUAAUGUCUCAUUGUUCACUUGUAGAGAGGCAAAAACUGAUGUUAACAUCUGUGGCUACACAAUACCAGAAGGAUGGAAAGUGUUGAUCUGGUUUAGAGGGGUUCAUUUAGACUCAGAGCAUUAUCAGAAUCCAAAAGAGUUUAAUCCUUCAAGAUGGAAUGAAAUUAAGCCCAGGAAAGGUGCUUUCAUUCCCUUUGGAGCAGGAAGUAGGCUGUGUCCUGGAAGUGAUUUGACAAAGCUUGAGCUCUCAACUUUUCUUCAUUAUUUUCUCCUUUAUUAUGAGCUUGAACGACUUAAUCCUGGAUGUGCUGUGGGAUACCUACCCCAUACCAGACCCAAAGACAACUGCCUUGCAAAAGUCAAGAAGUCACUAUCCGCCUGAAUGUUUAUGUAGUUUUUUUUUUUAUUUUUUUAUUUAUCGAUAGUCUUUCGUCGAUGUUUUGCUUAAUAAAGCCACUAAACAGAUACAUACUAGAAGUGCAAAAUAGCCAAAUGGAAAAAGAAAAUAUAAAAAAAAAAAAAAUUCUGGAUUGAG